AUGAAGACUGGCAAAGAGAAAUGGAAGCGGAAAACAUAUUGCGCCGACCCCAAAUACAUUGAGAAGAAGACUGGAUGCAGGAGAAAGACCCUGAUGAAAAAUUUAGAAGCAAUAUCCAUACCUUACUACAAGCCUGCCCUAUACACAACAUACAAUCCCUGGUAUAUACCCAACAAGUUGGAGAAUAGCAUGUCUCCAUACUUGGGCACGACUGGUCCUGUCACAUUUGGAGGUCAGGUCAGAGAAAUCACAUCAUACUCAGAACCACCUACACCAAUUUCCGUGACUCAAUCACCAACAUUUUCAACCCAUAACACAUUGCCAGCCAUCACACAAUUACCAGCAGUCAUACUGCCAACGACUUUCAACGUGCCAGCAACAAACAGCAUGCCAUCGACUUUGUCAGUGCCAGAAACGCCCAUGCCAUUUAUUAUGGCAUCUGCAACAGUACCGUAUCCGUCAGAGAGUAAUAGUAUUGAGUCUGGGUUGCCACUUCCAAAUACUGUGAAGUUUAGUGGCAAAGUGCCAGCAUCUGGUAGAUUAACAUCAGCACAAAGUAUUCCAUAUGGCGUACCAAACAGACCAAUACCCAGCUCAAGAAUACCAAAUGGCAUGCCAAUAGGCAGAGGUAUACCAAAUGGCGUGGCCAACAACGCAAUGAGAAGUUUACCAAAUGGCAUGGCCAAGAACGCAAUCGGAAGAAGCUUGCCCAUAUCUGCCAACAACAUGGGUAAAGGAAUAUUCCUGAACCGCCAGACCUAUGCAAACGCUCAUUAUGCAAAUAACUAUUUGCCUAACAAAGCUAAUAAUAAUAUGGUGAGGGCAAACUUGGCAAAUAUAAGAUCUAAUAUUGUAGAACCUAAUUUUGCCACACCUGUGAUGCCAGAAAUUAAAGCAGUAGAAAACUUGGCAAAUGCUAAUUUGGUGCAAAGUGUUGGCAUGACUGGCAUGCCAAAAGUGGCAAAUUUAAACUUUGGCAGUAAUCCUAUUCCUGUGACUGUUACAAGUGGUAACCAUGGCAACUUGCCUGUUGGUUUAAAUAUACUAGCAGAUAACUUAGAAGUGCGUGGCUCAGUGGCAGUGACUGGUAGAAUGCCAAUUUAUGGCACUGUGACUUUGAAUGGCAGUGUGCCAAAUGAUGGCAAGGCGUCUGUGAAUUAUAGUUGCGGUUCACCAGCAAUAUAAUAGUUUAAUGUGAUGUUAGUUUAAUAAUUUAUUUUUGUAAUAAAGUUUUUUUAUUUAUUUUACUUUGUGAAUUUUAUUGUCAUUUUUUUGUUUGAUUGGAACCUUUUCCUU